AGGUCGAUGGUAGGGGCCUCCUCUGGAACAGGCUCACGGGUUGUGUUGUGGCUUUGUCUUGCAUUUGCAACUUUGUAAUCGUUCACCAGGAGUGUUUCGAAAAGUUACGUCUCAAGAGGAAACAAAAUAAAUAAAGAUAGGGGUUGAGUCCGUCCCCGCCCCAGUGGAAUAUAAUGUUUUACUGUAUUCGAAAAUCUGAGAUGAGAAACUUCUGGAAUGUACUAGUGGGAAAGCAUUUCUUCAAGAGAAAAUAAUUUACUGCAACUGGACGUAUCACAGAAGUCCCUUCGUAGUCUUCGAGCAGCUGUAGCUUCCUACCCUAGCUAAAGAAAGGGGAAGAAACAUGAAACUGGACAGUUUAUGAAAGAUAUCUGCAUGGGUUGGGAUGUCAAUAAGGAAGCUGUAAAUUGAAAAUGCACUCAUAAGUAGGACUACAAAAAGGUUCAUGCGUGCGCGCCCGAGUUCGUGUUGCUGCUUUUAAAGGGUCUUAACAUAGGUACGAGAAACAAAAAUUAACACUAAAUAUUGAGCCUUUUGUUGCCACGUCCAGGUUUGAGUGACAUCAUUACAAUGAAAACCGUAACACCGGAAUGAGCACGUCUGAAUAUUGUGCCUGUGAAGUAACUGAUGAUAUUUAAUCAUCAGAAAGCUGAUGAUUUAAAGUAAUUCAAUCAAGGGACUUUCUUUUUUGGCUGGGGACUUUGAUAAAUGUAGUCUUCUACAAUCUGCCUGCGCUAAAAUGAUGACCUGAGUUUGGAUUUGGAACAUCUCCACGUUGUAGUUUUUUUUAAAAAGAACUCUGCAAAUUUGACUUUUUUCGGAAAUAAGUUUUUAUCUUUUUUUUUUUGCUUUAGUUGGGGCUUAUGAGGGAAUAAUGUUUCAUUCAAGACGAAUGACGUUCUGCAAGCAAAACGUUUUUACGUGGGGUGCAGUUUAAACUGAAGCAGUGCAAAAAAUAACUUUACAUGAAAACAAAUUAAAAUUAGAUAUAGAACGUCCAUUCACAAUGGCGAGUGCUAUAGCAUCCAGGAUGGGUUUGAAGUCUCUGAGAAGAAAACAGAUAAAAACCUUUAACGUAAGAAUUAUCACUAUGGACGCUGAGAUGGAGUUUAGUUGUGAGGUCAAAUGGAAAGGGAAGGACCUGUUUGAUUUGGUUUGCAGGACACUGGGGCUCAGGGAGACCUGGUUCUUUGGGUUUCAGUAUCAAGUGAAGGAUACUGUGGCCUGGCUAAAAAUGGACAAGAAGGUCUUGGACCAUGAUGUGCCAAAGGAAGAACCAAUCACCUUCAAUUUCCUAGCUAAAUUCUAUCCAGAAAACGCAGAAGAAGAGCUUGUGCAGGAAAUCACACAACAUCUGUUCUUCCUUCAGGUGAAGAAGCAGAUACUCGAUGAAGAAAUCUACUGCCCUCCUGAGGCUUCUGUUCUCCUGGCCUCCUAUGCUGUCCAGGCCAAGUAUGGAGACUAUGAUCCAAAUGUUCACAAGCCUGGGUUUUUAGCUCAAGAAGAGCUGCUACCAAAAAGGGUUAUAAACCUGUACCAGAUGACACCUGAGAUGUGGGAAGAAAGAAUUACUGCCUGUUAUGCAGAACACAGAGGAAGAGCAAGGGAUGAGGCAGAGAUGGAGUAUUUGAAGAUAGCCCAGGACCUAGAGAUGUAUGGAGUUAACUACUUUUUCAUUAGGAACAAAAAGGGAACUGAUUUGCUGCUAGGAGUGGAUGCUUUGGGUCUUCAUAUAUAUGAUCCAGAAAACAAGCUCACUCCCAAAAUCUCCUUUCCCUGGAAUGAAAUCCGCAACAUUUCCUACAGUGAUAAAGAGUUUGCAAUAAAGCCCUUGGACAAGAAGACAGAUGUUUUUAAGUUUAACUCUUCAAAAUUAAGAGUCAAUAAGUUGAUUCUCCAGCUUUGCAUUGGGAACCAUGACCUGUUCAUGAGAAGGAGAAAAGUGGACUCUCUGGAGGUUCAGCAGAUGAAGUCUCAGGCCAGAGAGGAAAAGGCUAGGAAGCAGAUGGAGCGCCAGCGGUUGGCCCGCGAGAAGCAUCUCAGGGAAGAGGCGGAGAGGGCACGAGACGAGCUGGAGAGGAGGCUGCUCCAGUUGCAGGACGAAGCACAGAUGGCCAAUGAGGCCCUGCUGAGGUCAGAGGAGACUGCGGACCUGCUGGCAGAGAAAGCCCAGAUCGCAGAGGAAGAGGCCAAGCUGCUGGCCCAGAAGGCAGCGGAGGCUGAGCAGGAGAUGCAGCGGAUAAAAGUGACAGCCAUUCGCAGUGAGGAGGAGAAGAGGCUGAUGGAGCAGAAAAUGCUGGAGGCAGAGAUGCUGGCUCUCAAAAUGGCAGAGGAGUCAGAGAGAAGAGCCAAGGAGGCAGAGCAACUGAAGCAGGAUCUGCAGGAGGCUCGGGAGUCCGAGCGCCGGGCGAAACACAAGCUGCUGGAAAUCACUAGCAAGUCUGCAUACACACCGGCAAAUUCGUCUGCCAAUGCCAUGCCACCUGACAUACCCAGCUUCAACUUCAGCAGCGAGAACCUCACCUUCGAUUUCAAAGAUACCGACAUGAAACGUCUGUCUAUGGAGAUCGAGAAAGAGAAAGUGGAAUACAUGGAGAAGAGUAAACAUUUGCAAGAGCAGCUGAAUGAGCUGAAAACGGAGAUUGAGUCUUUAAAACUCAAGGAGAGAGAGACUCCCUUAGACAUCUUGCACAAUGAGAAUGCAGAGAAAGGGAACAGCAAGCAGAGCAACUUUAAAAAGCUUACUUUGCAGAGCACAAAAUCCAGGGUUGCCUUCUUCGAAGAGCUCUAAAUGCCUAGAGGGAUUUCUUUCCCUUCCUGGACAAGACAGAAGUCGCGACUCCUAAAACUCUUCAGGCAGAGAUGUGACAGGAUGGAAUACAAUCUAAUGGUACCUCUAAAUACAGAAGGAAAGACAUUGACCAAAUUUAGAGCCUUGUUUACAUGGGCUUGGAUUGUAUACUCACUACAACAGUAAAGAUUGCAGUAUCUCUAGGAUUACCAAGACUUAAAAUGAUUUCAAGUGUAUCAUGAAAUUAAUAGGAAUGAAAUCCUUUGAAUGCCAUGUGAAGCUUCUGCAUGAAACUGACAUGAAGGAAGGAUGUUAAUCUGUGCUUGCUCAGUUUUUACAUACUGUAUCUAUUGAAAAAUACUUUUUUAAAGUGUUUAUAAUGACAUGAAGUUUGACUUUUAUAGUAUUAUGAAUUGGAUCUGACAGUUUGUGAUGGUUUAAAAAACAUGUAUAACCUUGUGUUUAAUGGUUACAAAAUGGACAGGAAAGAUUUAAAACGCUGUUUGCAAAAUGCAGUUUCUGUGUAAAUUGAAUUAAUGGAUUGAUGGUGAUAUUUGGAAACAUCAUUAAAAAUGGAUACAUAACAAAAAUGCCCCUUUCUUUAAAAA